GUUCGCAAGACCCUGAAGGUUCAGACGGCCCGCUGCAUGGACUGCGGUGUGCCCUUCUGCCAAUCGAGUUUUGGCUGUCCUCUGGGUAACCUAAUACCCACCUGGAACGAUCUGGUCUUCAAGGUCAGUGACUAG